AUGGAGCCCAUGCUUCAAACAAAAGGCUCUGCCAACAUCAGUAGCCAGUGCCUCCAAGACAACAGGCUGCUUUGCCUUCAAGACAAGCAUCAGCCUGGAACCUGCAGCCUCCUUCAGCCCCCGACUCAAACCUUCACCAUCAACUGCAGCUGCCUCAACUUGCAAAAAGGUGUGGCCAGUUUAUCCAACUGUGACCAACAUCUGUUGCAAGUUUUAAACUUUUAGCCCCAAUAUGUCUUUUUUCAUGAGACUAAUCCCCUCUGUCCUCUUCUCUCCUCUAUUGCCUCUUAAGCCCAGUCCCCAACCGGUGCCUCACCUGCCUUCACCAUCGUGUUGCAGACUCCCUGA